AUGGCUAACAGGAAGCGUAGAAAUAAUGAUGUAGCGUACGAGAUCACUAAUGCAAUCCACCGGAUGGUUGAUGCCAUGCAGCCCGAUGGCAGCACAACCUCAAGCCAUGAUCCCACCUACUCGGCCAGAGCCAUUCACUCAUUCAUACCUAAGGAGUGUGUGGGACGACUCAGACUUGUAAUGCGAAAGCUGGGGUGCGAGCUGAUAGUUGCGAAACUAGCAUCUGGCGAAGUAUCCACCAACUCUGUUUGUGUCGAAUGCCCUAUGGAAGUGGCAAGCCGUAGGUUUAAGGUGAAUCUCAUCUGCUUGCCGAUGGAGGGAUUGGACGUGAUUCUGGGGAUGAACUGGCUAUCCAGGAACCACAUUGUUAUUGAUUAUGGACGGCGCAUAGUGGUGUUCCCAGAUACAGAAGGACUUGAGUUGAUCUCAACUCACAAGGCGAUGAAGGAGAUAGAAGUUGGAGCUACUUGUUUCAUGAUAGUGGCCCAAGGGGAAAAGAAAAGAACAACCGAGUAG